UUUGCGUAUUUCGGCUUAUAUAAAGCGGCGGCUUUCCUAAUCAAAACAAACAAAGCAAAAGGUACCAAAAACAUUCUUUUCAGUUUUCUUCCCUCUCUCUGCAAUACAGAAGCAAAAAGAAGCCUUUCUCUUUCAAGUUUCUCUCUCUAGAAAAGCAGUGAAAAAAGCUGCGUUUGGUCUUUCAGAAUGGCAGAAACUGUUGCUGAAACCUGUCAGCUUUACUUGAAUUCUCAUUGUUCGAGACUUCAGACGUGUUCCUUUUGAAGAAGCUUUACUUCUUUGAUCGUCACUCACUGUGUGUCACUGAAUACAUGUCCCUGUGAAAUUUUCCUUGCAAUUUAUUGGGUUUGCUUCUGCCGUGUUUCUCUUGUUGGGUCUUCAAACAAUUGAGCUUAUUAAAUAUUUGAUGCGUCCAUGUCUUCCGACAUAAGCUAAAGAUUCCAUCUUUACACUGUAGUGUACUGGCUUCAAACUAAGGCUUUACAUCGACAAUUAAAACUGUCAAAAUUGGGAGUAGAAACUUCACCCACACUCAUGGCCGCAUCCAGGAACUGUAUGAAAGCAUGCUGUGUUGAGAUCUCUGUCGUUACUUGAUCUCUCAAAUUUGAUACGAUUUCUGUCAUUCUGUGAAGGGUUUUCUUGCGAGUCUAUUGAGUGAAGGGGUUCGCUAGUAGGUGUUUGUUUGGUGUGGGGAUGGGUAGGGAUCGUCUGCUUCUGGGGACAGUAGGACCGCCAUUAAAACCGAGAGCGGGGUUGCGGAGGGAGCAGGCAGGGAGAGGUUCUUACAGAGGAAGUUAGAGGAAAAGGCUAGGGUUUCGGUUUUGCAGAGAGUUUAUUCUGUUCUGUUUUACUUAAUUUUGGCUAAAGAAACAAGAACGGUCCUGUGUGGUUUGAGAGGGUUUUAAUUUUUUUUUUCUGAGGAGAAAAUAUGGGUACUGGCCUGCACGAUAUUCUCCGGAGCUUCUGUCUCGACACAAACUGGAACUAUGCUGUCUUUUGGAAGCUCAAACAUCGCUCGCGCAUGGUUUUGACUUGGGAAGAUGCUUACUAUGACAAUUGUGAGCGUCAAGAUCAUUCAGAGAAUAAGUGCUCCAGUGAGACCCAAGGAAACUUGCAUGACGGUCCUUGUUCACAUGACCCGCUUGGGUUAGCUGUGGCGAGGAUGUCCUACCAUGUAUAUUCUCUAGGGGAAGGGAUUGUUGGACAGGUUGCAGUUAGUGGAAAGUAUCAGUGGAUCUUUGCAGAUAAAAUUGUUAGCAGCUCACGUUCAUCCUUCGAGUUCAGUGAUGGUUGGCAGAGUCAGUUUUCAGCCGGUAUUAAGACCAUAGUUGUUGUAGCUGUUGUCCCAUAUGGAGUUGUACAGCUAGGCUCCCUAAAUACUGUUUUCGAAGAUGUGAAGCUGGUGGUUCAUAUAAAAGAUGCCUUUUCGGCCCUGUCAGAUUCUUUUGCAGGGCAUACCACUGGUAGUCCAAUGCAAUGUAGUAUGAAGUCUACAUUUUCUCUGUCAGAUUUCCCUCCAAAAAGUUUGGAUUCCGAGUUCCUUCUUGAUUGCAUAAGCAGUGCAGAUAAAUCUACAGUCAAAGAAGGCCCCUCCCGCUGGUUGCCUGUUUGCACUUCUUACAACACUACAGUUUGUGGUGAAAAUACUGAAUUACUUCAGCUGAAUUCAAAUGUAACUGAUUUAGAUCGUCAAAAGCAACUGAUAGCGGAGUCACUUAAUGAGACAAAAGAUACAGAGCACUAUUCCUAUCCACAUUCGAGCAGUUCUGUUACGCGCGAUAUUAACUUAUAUAACGUUGUACUUCCGGGUGAAAAUUGUGGAGUUGAUCUUCCCCUUUUCUCCUUGAAAUCCCUUGAGUCUUCUCUUUGCAAUAGUAUUCCUACGUAUCAAAAUGGUGUGCUGAACAUACCCGAAUCCUCAAACAUGAGACUGCAAAAAGACAUGGAGAAGUUGGAGUGUCAAACUGAGUUGAGUCCCUUGGAGACAUCAAACAUUUUUCUGAAGUUCUCUGCUGGGUGUGAGCUACAAGAAGCAUUAGGGCCAGCUUUUCUACAAGGAAGUUUUUAUUUUGAUUAUGAAUCCGAGAAGAGUGAAGGUGGAGCCUGUGUUGGGAUGUUAGGGGGGAUGAGCAGCAGCCAGUUGACCUCCGACUCUGGCUCAGAGAAUCUACUGGAAGCAGUUGUAGCCAAUGUUUAUAGCAGUGAUGUUAAAAGUGUGCAAUCACUUUGUAAAUCAGAGCAGUCUCUGUUGACAUCUCAGAAAAUGCCAGAGGCUUCUUGCCAGAGUCAAUAUACUAUAUAUUCCACUAAUCAUUCAGCUAAUCAGAUUUCUCUUGUAGAGGAGGACAUGCGGCAUUGCUUGAAUACAUCAGAUUUAUGUGGUGCCUUGUCUUCACAAGGGUUAUCAUCUGCUUGUUUAAGUUCCCGUAGUGAGCAGCUGGACAGGAAUUCAGAAGCAGCUAAAAAUAACAAAAAAAAGUCCAGACCUGGUGAAAGCUCUAGGCCUAGGCCAAGGGACAGACAGCUCAUUCAAGAUCGUAUUAAGGAGCUGAGAGAGCUUGUGCCGAAUGGAUCUAAGUGCAGUAUUGAUUCAUUGCUGGAGCGUACAGUCAAGCACAUGCUCUUUCUACAGAGCAUUGCUAAGCAUGCUGACAAGCUAAAAAAUUGUGCUGAAUCAAAGUUGCAUCACAAGGGAACAGGCAUGCCAGGAUCCUCCAAUUAUGAGGAAGGGUCAAGUUGGGCAGUGGAGGUGGGAAGCCAUCUAAAAGUUUGUUCGAUUAUUGUGGAAAAUUUAAACCAAAAAGGGCAGGUGCUUGUAGAGAUGUUAUGUGAGGAAUGCAGUCAUUUUCUUGAGAUAGCUGAAGCCAUAAAAAGCUUGGAACUCACCAUCUUAAAAGGGAUUACAGAAGUGCAUGGCGAGAAGACAUGGAUAUGUUUUGUGGUCGAGGGGCAGAAUAACAGAAUUAUGCAUAGGCUGGAAAUCUUGUGGUCUCUUGUGAAAAUAUUGCAACCUAACUCUACAAAUUAACCGUGAGGGUUGGUCGGUCUACCCGUGGAGGUUGCAGUAUUGGCUUUUUUUUUUUUUGUAAAAUAUUGUGACCCAUUUGUGUUUUUUCAUAUGAUUGUUGUUUGAAUCAAGAAUUCCUUCCUUCAUACUUUCUCUUUCUCCAUUUCCUGGGAAAAAAAAAAAAAGGAAAGAGGGAAAGGGAAAAGGAAGCUGGUAUCUCCUCCACUAGCUUUUCUGUUUCCUUUUGUUUUUCUAUGGGAGAAAGAAUUCAUCCCCCUCUUUUGGACUGUUGGGCUUUUAUCAUUUGUUUGUAGUUUAACGCUUGAUUAAAUAUUGAUUGAUAUUGUAAUAAAUA